AAUAAUUUCGGCUUGACCUCUACGACCUUAAACCCCAAUAACCCAAUCAAAUGAAAAUUAUAAUCCAACAAGCUCCGAUGCUCCUCCGUUCACACUCUCCUUUUCCGGCGUUGCAGCGCCACCUGUAACCGCCUACCUUUCCGUACAUCGAGUGUGAUGUCACAGUUAUCCUAGUUCUCGGCGAGGGGAACCAGUUUCGGUGUCAGUAAUCUCUCAUUCUCUCUGGCUUUACAUGGAUUCUCAGAGUUCCGAUGUCGCAAACAGACCCCAAUUCUCUGAAGAGAGUAGGAAAGUUCAAGGUGAUGUCGUAAUGGAAAAUGCUUUAGAGGAAGCUCAAUCAGUUGCAGAUAGCUGCCGUGAAAGACUUCAUCAACUGAUUAAUGGAGACUCACUAGACUUUGGUGCUUGGAACUCACUGAUCACAGAAAUUGAGAAAAUUCAUCCUGAUGACAUAGAUAUGAUUUCUUUGGCUUAUGACUCCCUUUUGUCGAAGUUCCCAUUAUGUCACUGGUAUUGGAAGCGAUAUGCUUAUCACAAGGCCCGGCUAUGUAAUGCUGAUAAGGCUGUUGAAACCUUUGAGCAGGCAGUUGAGUUAACACCAUUCUCUGUCGGUUUGUGGUAUGAAUAUUGCCUCUUUGCCAUAACUUAUUCUGAUGAUCCAGAUGAUGUUCGUAGAUUGUUUCAAAAAGGCUUGGCUAUUGUAGGGAAGGAUUAUUAUUGUCAUGUGCUAUGGGACAAAUACAUGGUAUUUGAAUUCUCCCAGCAGAAGUGGGACGUUCUUGCUAAAGUUUAUGCUCAGGCUCUACGCUUCCCUACACAGAAACUAAAGAAAUAUUAUAAAAUCUUUAAGGACCUUGUAAGCAUUUUGGAGGAGGAGAUUCGAUCUCUGAACAAUGGAAACCUUGAAGUGCAAGCAGAAGAGUUGUAUAAUGGAGCAUCUGCACUAUCUGACAAAGAAAUUUCUCAGGUUGUCAAUGACCUCUGGGAUCCUUGUGAUAUAUCUGUGAGGUGUAAAGCAUUACAUAGAUAUAAAUUUAUUGGUGAUCAGCUGUAUCAGAAAGCAUGCCAGCUGGAUGAAAAAAUAAAAAGCUUCGAAUCAAAUAUCCAAAGGCGUUAUUUUCAUAUAACUCCUAUAGACGAUGAUCAACUAAACAACUGGCAUCGGUAUCUUGACUUUAUUGAAAAGCAAGAGGAUUUUGAUUGGGCACUGAAACUUUAUGAGAGAUGCUUGAUAUCAUGCGCUAAUUACCCUGAAUUCUGGAUGCGCUAUGUGGACUUCAUGGAGGCUCAGGGGGGACGAGAGUUGGCAUUGCUUGCUAUAGAGCGGGCAAAAACAGUAUUUCUAAAUAAUGUUCCAGGGAUCCAUCUUUUCUCUGCCAGAUUCAGCGAACAAAUACGGGAUUUAGCUGGUGCUCGUGCAUCCUUUUCUAAUUAUGAUUCAGGCUGUGAUAUCUAUUUCAUUGAAAGUGUUGUAAAACAAGCAAACAUGGAAAAGCGCCUGGGAAAUGAUGAAGCAGCUUGCGAGAUUUAUGAGAAAGCACUUAGAUGGGCAAUGCCAGAUAAGGAGAAACAGCAUUUUCUUCCAAAGCUAUACAUCCAUUAUUAUCGGCUUAAACACAUGCUCACAGGUGGCGCAGACACUUCUAGAGAUGUAUUAAUAGAAGGAAUAAAACAGGUACCUGACAGCAGACUUCUUUACGAGGAACUGAUUAGACAUGCAAUGAUGCAUGGUGGAGCUAAACAACUGAGCAUCAUAGACUCAAUUAUAACCACUGCAAUCUCUCCAUCAUUGGAUGGACCCCAAGGUUUGGAUAUAAAAGAUAGAGAGUAUAUAUCAACUUUAUUUUUGGAGUUUGUUGAUCUUUGCGGAACAGUCCACGAUGUAAAGAAGGCAUGGAAUCUUCACAUCAAAUUGUUUCCCCAGCUCAUAAGGGUCAAUCCAUUAUAUAAAUACCCCACAUCAAAAGAAAGACAAAGCAACUCCCCUGUCCUGCUUAAUCUGCCAUCUAAAAAUCAGAGUUCCGGUGAUCUAAUCUGGCAGCCAGAGCAGGAGAAGUUACCUUCGCUUCCACUGGUAGAUGAUAAACAGCCCAGCAAUGUAUCUGCAGAGCAAAUCCCGACACUGGAUGAUGACGACGUUGCAAAUAAAAAGUUGCAGCAACUAUCUCCAAAGGUUUCUGUCGACUUUGAUGAUGAAUCAAAAACUGAUGCAUCGAAACAAAUGGAAUUAGUUGAUGGAUUGGAUCAGCGACCUAAAGAAGAUUGUCCUCAACAAAUGGACUGGACGUCUAUCUCUGAACGUCAAUCCAAAGAAGAUGCAUCGACAUCGAGCCUGCUUGAGCAAGAACAGCCAUCGGGACCAAAUGUGCCUCCAGAAAUCUCUGAGGAAGAAGCUAGGUCAACGAAUAUUUUAUGUCCGCAGGAACUUGAGCUCGAAAAGCAACUGGAAUCAGUUUCUUUGGAGAAAAUUUCCCCAGAUUCUCAACAAGAAGUACCCGAGGGUCAAGUUCUUGUGGCCUCCGAUCAUCAUGGCAGUGAAGAAGUUCCCUCAACUAGCAAUUGCAGAUCAGCGGAAGGUCACCUUAAUGCUGGCCAUGGUCGUUCUUUUGUUACCCUAGCUCAGAAUGAAGCAGAUGAAAAUAAAUCAGCCGCUGAUUCUGCCCAGAGUUGGGAUUUCACGGCAGCUAGCCAUCAAAAUUCUACAGCAACACAGCAUCCGAGUUCAAGAGUAACUUCAAGUAGGGCAGAAAAUCAAUGUGAAACUAAAGACAUGGCAACACCUGCUAGAAGCGGAAGUUCAGAAUUCACCCAUAAUCCUGCACUACAGGAUCAGCAACUGCAUCCACAGCAAGUUGGUUUAGGACCACAGGACUCGACUUUCGAAAUCCAUCCUAUACAGACACAGAAUAGUCAAGGUGAUCCCGAACUCCCACUAGUUCCAGAGAAGUCUGGUCAAGGAAACAUUCAACCUCGGGAAAGUGCUGCUCAGGAGGAUAUAUCAGUUAAACAUGGCUUGGAAAACCAACCACAAAUGUUUUCCUCACCUGUUUCUUCCGCACAAGGAAAUACCGCAGAAAACGCAAUGCAAACUAGCCAACAGGUUGGGCACGCACACCAUGGCCAAGCGUUUGAUCAGAUGUGGCAAUAUCAUUCUCAGCAGCAGUACCAACUUCUGCAGCAACAGUAUCAGCAGUAUCAACAGCAGUUUCUGCAAAUGCAGCAGUCCUACCCCCAUCAACAACCGUAUUUAAAUCAACAAACCUAUCAGCAGCAAGUGCCGAUUUUCCAACAGCAACAACAGCUUCAGUCGCUUCCAUAUCAACAUCAGCAGUUUCAACAACAGAUACCGUAUCUACAGCAAAUGCAGCAACAAUAUCAUCAGCAGCAAUAUCAACAGAUGGUCCAAUCAAUGCAGCCGUAUAAUCAAUCACCGGCACUUGCUUACCAGUACCAAAUGAAUCAACAAGGAUAUGAGCAAGUUUUGCAGCAAUACCAACUAAAUCAGCAAACAUCACAUACUUUGCAGCAACAACAAGAACAAGGAGGAUAUCCCCAGGUUCAGCAACAUCAAGAACAGCACCAGCAUUUGCAGGAGCAAGUAGAUCAGGGCCAACAGAUUGUACAACAUGGUACCACAUCUCUUGAAUCCCAACCUGAACGAGUUUCAACGCAAUCAAAGACUGCCGAAGAGGGGUCUAGACAUCCUAAAUCUGCACAGGGCAGCCUCUAGCUCAUCGAAUCUUAUCUUUGCUGUACUUCAGGAACAUCAUAAUCUUGCUGCUUAUACAGCUUAAAAGCAUGCUUCCUUGAUCUAUGAGAACGAUGCAUACUAAUGGGGAAUGAACUUGUUCUGCUCAGAAAUCGGGCAAGUUCACCCUCAAAUCACUUGGAAGAAGGAAGUUGGUGAGUUAUAAAUCUCAAUGAAAUGAAAUUCACUCUUUUGAGUGUAUAAAUGUUCUCACUGUCUAAUCUUAGUAAAAAAACUUCGGUUAAUCGACCGGUUAACUGAAAAAAAAACUUCAGUGUGGUUAAUUCGGUAAUAAAAAGUUUGGUUUGGUUAACGGUUAAA